GUAUGCCCAGAAAAAACCCAAGAAUAAACUUGGGAUCCGCCUCAAUGAGAGCGUAAAACUGCAGGCUUAACCAUGUUAGGCUUUGCAAGUUAGGUUUUCCAAGUUAGGUUUCCAAGUUAGGUUUUACCAACAAUAGCCAGUAAUUGAAGCGCUUUUGAACCAUUACGAGACUGUUCUAGCCCAGUUGAAACCCCAUGGUUUUCUAUAUAUAAUGAUCAACCCAGCUGAUCACAUUCCCAAUAUUCAUUCUAAGCAUGAAGUUUGCAUUUAAGAUGCGGUUGCUGUUGCUCUUUUUAGGACUUUUCAGUGUUUGCCAUGCCCAUACUCCAUCGCAAUACAGGUAUACUUCUGAAGCAGAUAUAGAAAGCCAGUCAUGUGGUGACUAUCUUCUGAAGUUGGCCACUUUCUGUGAUGACCCUCAAAUGGAGGAUUGUUACUGUGUUAAUAACAACCUGAUGGCCAGUUACAUGGGAUGCCUUAGCGUAGAAGGUAAAUUGAAACCUACAAUAUUGGAAAGUAUAGUUCAGCUGUGUGCCCAAUACAAUGUAACUGUUGAGCAGCUCGAGGAUGCUUAUGAAUAUUACCAAACAAGUGCCGUUUCUGCCGACGACAUUCCUGAUUUCAACGUGUCUGUUCCCGUUGAUGUGCCAAUUUUGGUCGACGAAGAGAUUGUUAUGCAAUACAAGCUCUCUUAUGUGUAUGUAUAUGGCACCUACAACAAUUCCUUGUAUUAUGGGUUUGGGCCACUUGGAUACUGGGUAUUGGCUUUGCUCAUUGCAUCUAUUGCACACUGGACCAAAUUUUUGGCCCCGGGGUUCGUGAAGAAAAGAUAUGGAAGAUACACCAAUUGGUUCCGGAAAAAUUUCACCAUGUCUGCAGUUUGCAAGAACCGGACAGAACCCAUGAAGAUUAGGGGCAUACCAAUAGCGCUUAUCCCCACGAGAGUGGAAACAGCAGUGUCGGUGGGGUAUUUGGUGGUGGUGAUAGUAUGCUCUGGUUCCCAAAUCAAGUAUUAUGCCGAUGACAAGUACUAUUCCGAUGGUACCAAAUCGUUGGCGAAAUAUGUAGCAGUGAGGACUGGGAUUUUGGCAUCGUAUUCGUCACCAUUGUUGAUUUUGUUUGCUGGAAGAAACAAUUUUUUGCAGUGGGCUACCGGAUGGAAUUUUGCAACCUUUAUGGGCUACCAUCGGUGGGUGGGUAGAGUGGUAUUUAUACUUGUGUUGGUCCAUACGGUGGGAUAUACCAUCAGCUUCGCAGAUCAAUACGCGGAAUAUAUGGCCGACAACUACAUGAUCUGGGGAACCAUUGCUACUAUUGCAUCGGGUCUCAUUUUGGGGCAGGGUCUUUUGGUGUUGAGAAGAAUGAGUUACGAGAUUUUCCUCUUUUGGCACAUAGUGUUGGCGGUUUUAUUCGUAGCAGGUUCCUGGCUCCAUGUCGAUACCUUAGGUUACGUCAACUGGUACUAUGCUACGACAGCUAUCUGGUGUAUUGACCGGGUGGUGAGAGUCAUCCGUGGCUGGGGAUACUCUCAAGCGUCUCAGCCGGGCCAGACAGUUAAAAUGAGGGUAGGAAUUGAAGGUCCAUAUGGAGAAUCAACGCCUGCAAGAUACUGCGACACCGCGGUGUUUGUGGCGGGGGGUAAUGGAAUCCCCGGUAUUUACAGUGAGGCCUACGACUUGGCACGUAGAGACUCCAAACAGAAGGUCAAGCUCGUGUGGAUUGUUCGGGAUUACAAGUCAUUGGACUGGUUUUAUGAGGAAUUACAGUUUUUGAAAGGUAAGAACAUCGAGACUAUUGUUUAUUUGACAAGACCCACAAACCAAACCGCAGAAUCGGACAAGGAAAAGAAAAAAACAGAUGACUCUGAUGGCUCGAGCUUUAAAGUUGCUGAAGAUUUGUGUCACGUGGAGUUCAGGCACGGGAGACCUGAUGUGGAAGACUUUGUCAAGCAUGAGAUUGAAGAGAGUAACGGUUCCAUUGCGUUUGUGACUUGUGGACACCCAGAAAUGGUGGACCACUUGCGGUAUGUCGUGAGUCACAACCUCUCGGAGGAGAAGCGGAUUGAGUUUUACGAGCAGUUACAAGUGUGGUCAUAGUGUUUAGAUUAUGUAUCGUUUGUAUGAUGCUAUUUAUUGUAUUGUCAAUUUAAAAAUACUAUGUGCAAUUUUUCAAUCUUUCAAUAUCUCUUCCUUCUCAGGUCUCCCUUUCCUUGUCCAAAUCAGCAAACAUCUCGUCCACUGACCCUCCCAAGUACAACUUCAAUGUCUUCCUGGUGGCAGGUAAUAACUUACACUUUACCAUUACUUCCUUAGUUCCAUCGGUGUUGAUUCGGUCGUAUGCCUGGAACCGAUGGCACCCACCAAAUGCAAAGUAGUAGUCUUUUCCUUCCUCUCUCACUCGAAAUACAUCUAUUGGAGGUAGUUCACCUGACAGAAUCUCCUCGAUGGGGCAAGUGGCAGAAGCCAUGGGCACUCCGUUCAAGGUCGAUACCAUCGCAUCGAUCUUCUGAUAAUCCAACACAGGAGGAAUGGGCCGCCUGAUCUGGCUCAAGGGCACCUCGCUGACUUUGAUAUUGGCUGUUUGGAUAGACAUGUUGUUAUUGUAGAUAGUUGCAAAAUUUGGGACUUGGAGGGCUUUUAUAAUGUU